AUGUUAGUUAAAGUAUUCUUUGGUGGUGUUGUUGGUGUCUUUUUUUCUAGUUUUAGUUCCUGUUGGUGUGAAGGACCUUCGCAGAGAGGUAUUUCUCCUGAUGGCUUAAGGAAUUAUACUCUUGAGAGUUUGCCUCCGCCUACCAAGGAGGAAUUGGAGUAUGUAAAGACUUGGGGUGUUCCGUGGGUGAGCGAUUGGGAUCGCCCUGGCGUGCGUGGCAUUCGUGCUGAUCGUCAUCGUUCGUUUCAGCGGCAGAUUAUUUUGAUUCGUCAUGGACAGUACCAGAACGAGAGUUCAAAUGAUGACCGUGUCCGCACUUUGACGUCGCUUGGGGAGGAGCAGGCUAGACGCACUGGCGAAUAUUUGUGGAAGGCGUUUGUGCAGAGCGGAAAUAAAAUGGUGAGGGCGAAGAAUUAUGCCGCGGAUUAUUUGGCGAGUGAUGCUUCAUCUUCGGGUGGCGUGGCGGGUGCGGCGUUGGGGGAAAAUCAUAUGGGAGGUUUCUUGAUUGCGACAGAGCCAAAAUUCAUUCACGUUUCAGACAUGACACGUGCUCAACAGACGGCAAAAUUGAUUUUGGAGGCGUUCCCGUCACAUGUGCGCAGGCGGUUGGCAACGGAUGCCGCAUUGCGUGAACGAUUCCCAUGUGAUCCGGAGCCUGUGUUCCGUAACAAAUACGCAUCAUAUAAAGACAUGCGGGCUGUGGAGGGGGUCUUUGAAAAGUAUUUCCAUCGGUCCACUGCGGAUGAAUCCUCCGUGGAAAUCAUUGUUGGUCAUGCCAAUGUGAUUCGGUACUUGGUGUGCCGGGCACUUCAGCUUCCGCCGGAGGCGUGGCUACGGAUUUCAUUGUCUCACUGUAGUAUAACGAGCAUUAUCAUUUCGGGAAAUGGACAUGUUCGGCUUUCGUGUCUGGGCUCGGCAGGACAUCUUCCCGUCGACCAAAUAACGACACGUAACGUUUCUUAA